AUGACCACAAUUACGACAUUUCAUGAUUUGUGUAUCGAUGUUAUUAUUGAAAUUUUAUCUUAUUUUAACGUUCAUGAAAUAUUUUAUUCAUUUUGUCUUCUUAUUCCUUGUUUACCAGCUUUAUUAGCUAAUGGUCAUGUUCGAUUACAUGUUCGAUUAAAUAAUUCUUAUUUUAUUCGAUGGAUUUUACCACAUAUUAAUUUAACACAAGUUGUUUCACUUAAUGUUCCAACUAGGCCAUAUAAUCCAUCAAUAUUUCAAUUUACAGCACUUCGUUCACUUGUACUUCGUGAUGUUGAUAAUCCAUUAUUACUUUUUGAAAGUAGUCAUAAUUGGCCGCCAUGUUAUCUCGAACAUCUUUCACUACAUAUACGAAAUCAAGAUAUACCAAAUAUAUCAUCAAAUAUCGGAGUACGAGUACUUGAAUGUGCAUUUCAAUUACAACGAUUAAAACAUUUUGAAUUACAUGAAUCAAAAUCAAGUUUAAAAAUGGUUGAAUUAUAUGAUCAAUUAAAUUUUCCAUUAAAAUUUCAAUCAACAAAUAUUAAAUGUCUUAUUUUAACUGUUUAUUGUAAUUGGAAAACUCUUCAAUCAAUACUUUAUUAUUCACCUUAUUUACAUUAUUUUCAAUUUCGUUCUAGUUUUAGUUCAUUAGAAACUCAUUCUUCUCAACUUUAUUUUACAUCAAUUCGUAAACUUAAUUGUCGAUUAGAUGGUUUAAAAACAGAUCUUUUUCUUAAUAUAUUUCGUAAUGCACCAUUUUUACAUCAAUGUAAAUUACAAUGUUCUUUUUCUUCUUCUAAACAAUAUCAUAUAGAUUUACUUAAAAGUGAUAUAUGGAUUCAAUUGUUUGAUACACAUACAUCUCAAUUAAAAACUCUUAAUAUUGAUAUUACAUUUCCUUUAGAUAGUAUUGAUGAAGAAACAAUUAAAACUAUAAAUGAAGAUUUUAAAAUUCUAAAUUUUAAACUUUAUUUUUAUUCAGAUAAUGUAAAACCUUGUUGGAAAAUGACAGGAAUAUUUAAUAGAAUAUAA